UGUGCAACAAUGAGUGGAAGAGGUAAAACCGGUGGCAAAUCAAGAGCGAAGGCCAAGACUCGGUCAUCCAGAGCGGGUCUUCAGUUUCCCGUUGGCCGUGUUCACAGGCUUCUUCGCAAGGGUAACUACGCUCAUCGCGUCGGUGCCGGAGCUCCAGUGUACCUCGCCGCUGUUCUCGAGUAUCUCACCGCUGAGAUCCUGGAGUUGGCUGGAAACGCCGCUCGGGACAACAAGAAGAGUCGAAUCAUUCCCCGCCAUCUGCAGCUGGCCGUGCGUAACGACGAGGAGUUGAACAGACUUCUGGGCCGCGUGACCAUUGCUCAGGGUGGUGUGUUGCCCAACAUCCAGGCGGUUUUGCUGCCCAAGAAAACCGACAAACCCGCUAAGGCCAAGUAAACGACUUUUUCCUCCUAAUCAUUGUAAAAGGCUCUUUUAAGAGCCACCCACUCGAACAAGAAGAGAGCGAUUUUAUUCUUUAAGCGACUGAUGCAGUUUAACACAAUCUAUAAACAUUCUGUC